CGAAGCGUGAACACCACAGCACGACCACUUGCUCAGUCAACAUUUUGAUAUUUCCUUUUGGCGACAACCCACAGCAGCAACCUGCAGCAGAACGCAUUCCAGCCGGCCGACCACAACGACCGCACCUGCUGUGAGCACUGGCAGUUGAAAGGCCUGGAUGGCGGGAACAACAUCGAUGUGGCGACCCCAGCUCCCCAUGUCGGCUUAUAAUUAAAGAGACUAGCGCCGUGCCAUCCCCCCCAUGCUCCUUCUGGGAGCAUCGCAUCGCCCACAUCGCCGCCUGUGAUUCCACUCCUGAUUCCCACAACCUCCUCACACACUCGCUUGUUUUUUUCGGUUGCUCUGGUGCCGCUCCCCCGUUCAUCGCAAGUAUUUGACUCCGUUCCCCAGACCGUAUCCAUUAGUUACUCCGGAUUCCCGCCCAGUCAGUCGUUCAUUCACCAUCUCAUCCUGGUAUAAUCCCAGCCUUCCAGAGUUGUAUGAUACCACCCUCUCGUUCAAAACUACAUAAAAAAAAAAUCUCAUCCCGUCCGACCGCCAUUCCUCUUCGCGACGCGCUCGAUUCUCCAUCGUAAUCCACCAUAAUCAAUCGCCAAAAUGAAGUCCUUCUUCCUGCCCGUCGCCGUCCUCGUCUCGGCCGCCAUGGCCCAGACCACCAGCGUCUGUGGUGCCGACUACAUAGUCGAGGCCUGCCUCGGCUCCGAGAAGGCGAAGCUCGCCGCCUGCGGCCACAGUGACUACGACUGCUCAUGCGCCGCCUGGCAAGCUAUCCUCACCUGCUACAACAACUGCCCCAACGACUCUCGUCUCCACUCUGACGUCGGCCAAAAGGACAUCUUCUGCGGCCACGCCUCCCAGUUCCCUUCCAAGGCCACCGCUGCCCCUUCCGCCUCCAAAACCAACAACGUCACCCCGACCCAGACCCCAAAUCAGAACCAGGUUGAGGAUGACGCGAGCAACACUGACGACGAGUCCGGCACCUCCACCUCCACCAGCUCCCCAGCCACCAACACCAACAGCGCUGCGUAUCUCGCCCUGAACGCUGGCGGUGUCCUCGCCGCCGUCGCCGGUGUUGUUGCUGUCGUGCUCUAAGCGAGAGGGAAAGUUUGGCAAGCUAUUUGCCGGGUGUUGUGUGGUUCUUUUUGAGGAAAGCCUUCUUUGGAAAAGUGGAAUCUGUGAUCCGAGCUUCUUUUGGAUAAUCAUCUGGCUUGGAUUACGCAAAAGUUGAGACUGGCAUUUAUUUGCGAUUUUCAGCUUUGGCUUUGACCGCCUCUUUGAGGGUCAGGCUCCCAUUUUUCUUCCUGGAUUCAAGUAAUGCUUAAUUUUUUGUGUGUGGUGUUAGCGUUAAUGGCUUUGAAGAUAGUAAUGAACUUGGGUUGUUAUGUCGGUCGAAGA